AGAUUAGAUCUGAUAUCAUCCCAAGUCACGCCAAGUUACACCACGCUCUGAAGAUCAAUACUUACAUAAUUCCAAUACCCGGACAAAAGAAGCCCCCGCACACGUACGGUAUUUGCCCUUGCCCCGUUGAAAACAUCAAAAUGGUUUCCAGCAAACGUGUUGUUUUCAACUCAGUCCCUAGCGGCUUCCCAGUCGCUGGAAAAGACCUCAUCCUCGAUACUGUCGAGGUCGACCUCGACAACGUCCCCCAGGGCGGUGUCAUCACCAAGAACUUUUACGUCUCGUUCGACCCGUACCAGCGCGGGCGCAUGAGCGCCCCAAGCGCCAAGUCGUACACCCCGGCAUUUACCCUCCAUCAGCCCAUCACGAACAACGGUAUCAGUCAGAUCAUCAAGAGCGGCAACCCCAAUUUCAAGGAAGGUGAAUUUUGCAGCGGACAAACCGGCACCGAGGAGUACACCGUACACACUGAGAGGACGGCGAAGGGAUUGAAGAAGAUCCACAACCCGUAUAAUCUCCCCUUGAGCUACUUCACGGGUGUGUUGGGAAUGCCCGGAUUGACCGCUUAGUAUGACCUCCACCUCCCCACGGCCUGCAAAUAACGAACCCCCCACAAUUGACAAACAAACGUACGCUACAGCUCCUCCCUCUACGAAAUUGGGAAGCCAAAGAAGGGCGAGACCAUCUUCAUCUCGGCAGCCUCAGGAGCCGUGGGGUCCAUCGUUGGCCAACUCGCGAAGCGGGAGGGCCUCCGAGUAAUCGGCUCUGCCGGCUCGGACGAGAAGGUGGCCUAUAUCAAGAAUGAGCUCAAGUUCGACGAGGCCUUCAAUUACAAGAGCAUCUCGACCGACGAGGCGCUUAGGAAAUACGCACCGGAAGGGAUCGAUAUCUACUACGACAACGUUGGCGGCGAGGCCCUUGACGCCGCUCUGUCCCAUGGCAACCUAAACGCUAGGUUUAUCGAGUGCGGGAUGAUCUCGCAGUACAACCUCGCUGACCCCAAGGACGCUUAUCCCAUUAGAAACAUUAACCUUGUUGUGCCGAAACGGUACACUAUCAGGGUGAGUUAUUUUUUCCUCUUUCCACAUGAUAUCACCCACGUCACAGCAGUAUUAGGGUAUCAUGAUGAUACCAAAGCGCUAGGAUUACCAAGGGGGGGAAAGCUAUCUCCUUUAGGAAAAGGUUCCUGACAUUCUCUUACUCCAACUGCAGGGGUUCAUCGUUGUUGAUGCAGAAUUUGGUCCCAAAUACCAUGAGGAACAUCAAGAGAAGGUUGGUGAAUGGCUCGCAAACAAGGAGUUGAUCUAUCGGGAAUCUGUCAGUGAUGGUAUGGACAAUGCCAUCAAUGGACUCCUUGGUCUGUUCCAGGGAAGGAACUUUGGUAAAGCCGUGCUAAAGGUGCCGUAAACGUCUCCCCCUCCCCUCCCUCCCAUGUCAUGAAAAGCAAAGCACGAGAAGCUUUGUCUCGUUCAUACAUACACUAACCCCUAGUCACCCGCCCACAGAUCGCCGACAUUGAUGGAUAGGUAGGAGAAGAGAGGAAAAAAUAAGAGGGAUAAACCUUCCCCCACUCCAUCAACAGCGGUGGAAAAAAAAAGUCGUCAUGCAAGAAGCACUCAUCUCGGCGAAUUAUUACAUGGUAUAUCACUCGGCCCCCUCCCGUCUCGUCUUGUCUCGGCAAACCAUUGUUUUAAAAAUGCGACUUUCCCCGUUCUCCUUCUCCCCCUCGCAUGAUCACUUUUUUUCCUGCUCCUGCUCGACCACGUGUAAUUAAAUUUCCGCCGAAUGAAUCAAUGAAUCAG